AUGGAUCCUUCACAGAGAGUUACUCCACCUUUGCAUUCUGAUUCAUCACUAGUUCCAGCUAAAGAAAUACCCCAGGAAGUUACAUCAAUCUCCCAACCAUCCUUCUCCAAAGUACAAAACCUGGAUCUCAUUAAAUUUAACCCCAGUCUUAAUAGUAACUACCUCACCCCUCUACCAGAGGAACUGCAACAACAGCACUACAGAGAUGAGAUGAGCCAACAAGAGAGGAAGUUGGAAAGGUCAGCAUUCCCUCAGAGGAAAAAGACAUUCAUGGAGAACUUGAGACAAAAGACCUACAAUCACAUGGCACCUUAUUGUAUUGAAAGGGAAGGAAAAAUCUAUUCCUCACAUGAUAAAGAUCAGAAUAAGUGUAAAUGUCAUUACUGCCAUGUGCAAAGGGAGAAUAUUUCUGGGAACCCUAAAGGGAAAGAUGCAUCCUCUUGGAAAAUGUUAGCAGAGGGCCUUCGCCACUUAAACAUCAGCCCUGAUACCAUAGAGGCCUGCUGUCUCCCCAGAAAGCUUCCACAAGAGUAG